UUAGGUUUUGUGAUGGUCAUGGCGUGCUCGUCGUCGAGCUGCAGCUCCCUGGCGCAGCCGCUGGCGGAAUUCUCGAGGAAAUCUCCGUCGGCAAAGAUCUCGCAGAGGUCCGUGAUCCAGAUGCCGAUUGGAAUGCGGCGGAGUGGUGUCUCUAUCUCUCUGGCGCGGGGUUUGAAUCCGGGGUGUGCCCUGGCCAUGGCUGUGGCGCAGGAGGAGCUCAGGGAUUCCGCUGAUUCGAGCAAGGCCGGCGCGGUGCUGCUGGAGGUGAGGGAUCUCAAGGCGCGGGUGGCGGAUUCCGAGACGGAGAUCCUGCGAGGCGUGGAUUUGACAAUUCGCGAAGGUGAGGUCCAUGCGAUCAUGGGAAAGAAUGGGUCGGGAAAGAGCACAUUUGCGAAGGUUCUCGUUGGUCACCCCGACUACGAAGUCACUGCCGGCAGCGCGGGUUUUAAAAACGAGAAUCUGUUUGACAAGGAGCCGGAGGAGAGAAGUCAUGCCGGGUUGUUUAUGAGCUUCCAGUCGCCGAUCGAAGUGCCUGGCGUUAGCAACGACGAGUUCUUGAGGAUGGCGUGCAAUGCCAGGCGAGCGGCUUUGAAUAAGCCGGAGCUUCCUCCGCUCGAGUUCUUCGCGCACCUUAUGCCGAAGCUCAAAGCGCUGAACAUGAGCCCGACGUUCUUGAACCGGAACGUGAACGAGGGAUUCAGUGGUGGCGAGAAGAAGAGGAACGAGAUAUUGCAACUCGCGGUUUUAGAAGCAGAUUUGGCACUGCUCGAUGAGAUCGACUCGGGACUGGAUGUGGAUGCAUUACGAGACGUGGCAAACGCUAUCAACGGCCUCAGAACAAGCAAGAAUGCAGUGCUGAUGAUCACUCACCACGAAAGACUACUCGACUACAUCCACCCAGACUAUGUCCACAUCAUGGACAACGGGAGGAUUGUAAGAACAGGAGAUUCAUCUUUAGCUCAAAUUGUGCACAAGGAAGGCUAUACCGCACUCUGAUGAGAAAGUUUUUGCUACCAUAUUUUCGAUCAUAACUUAUGUUUUGCCUUUAAGCAGCUCUGUCACGAGAGCUGAAAGGAAACA